AUGUCGACGUUUGACGGCCUGGUCAAGGAAUUCCCCACCAUCAGGAUAGACUACUUCAGGAAUCAUCCCGGUAGACCUCCACCCGCCGCGUUGUUCCUGAGCCAUGUCCACAGCGAUCACCUGAUGGGCCUGGAGUCCGUCAAGAUGCCGUUUGUCUACUGCUCAGCGACCACAAAGCGCAUCUUGCUGAAGAUGGAGAAGUACCCGCACCGCAUCAAUUUUGCGAAAGGCAUACUCGAAGCGCGAAAGCAGCAGUACAAGCAUUUGAAAAACAUCCUGCGAGCAGUGCCUUUGAAUACCGCUACCGAAAUCGAAUUGGGCCCGCGAUCGGUCAUCCGGGUGACUUUGCUAGAUGCCAAUCAUUGCCCUGGGGCUGUGAUGUUCCUUGUCGAAGGUGAUGGCAGAGCGAUUGUCUACACGGGCGACGUCAGAGCUGAACCUUGGUGGGUGAAUUCAAUCGUGCAAAACCCAGUCCUCUUGCCUUAUGCGUGUGGCCUCAAACGCCUUGACUGCAUCUAUCUCGAUACCACCUUCGCUACCCAUGACGAGCCGUACAAGGAGUUCCCUACGAAAGCCCAAGGAUUACAGGAACUUCUCGAGAAAGUCGCCCAAUACCCUCAGGAUACAAUCUUCUAUUUCCGGGCAUGGACGCUCGGUUACGAAGCUGUCUGGGUUGCUUUAUCCAAUUUCCUGCAAUCUCAGAUCCACGUGAAUGACUACCAGUUGGGGAUAUUUCGUGACGGUAAUGACACCGAGAGUGCCGCUCUCACCGGAUUUACGCUGGGCAAUAGUCGAUUACAGGGUUGCCUCACUGAUGACAAGACGGCCAGGAUUCACAGCUGCGAGCCUGGGCUGGACUGCCAUUCCCAGAUCAAAAACACCAGGAGCGUUGUGUGGAUUAGUCCCAUCAUCUCGAGGCUCAAAGAUGGGAGCGAGGUUAGAGAGCUCGGAGCUGGAGGAGGCUGGAGAGACCUCUAUCCCAAGGCGCAACUUAAGCUGGAGGAAAGCGCGAAUAUCGUGCAGCUGUUGACCCUUUGCGCCUCAUAUGCCGACAGUGAGGAAAUCAGAUCGAAACUAGCGCAGGCCCUAUCACGACCUAGAGUCGGCUGUGAUCUGUCCAUGAUUCUUGAUGAAGCUGAGGAAGUGAAGGUUGAAGACGACGAUUCUAUCAAGCUUGGAGAUUUCGUGACUUUGGUAUCAAAGAAGUUCAAUGAGAUGAACACAUCGAUUUUCCGGAACGCGCCUUCAGAAAAACACCCGAAGCCUGUUGCUCAGAACGACACAAUCCAUUUCCCUUACUCCCGUCAUUCCUCCUACAACGAGCUUCGCCACCUCGUCGGCGUGUUCAGGCCGAGGGAUAUCUGUCCCUGCACUGUGAGUCUGGAAGCGUGGUCAGAAGAUCUUAGCAUGGAAUCUCUCUUCGGAGAUCUCUGUCAAGAGCAGGUGUUCUACUACGAUCAGGAGACGAGGAAUGCCGUCGCGGCAUUGCAAGGGCAUAACGGAGUGUCCAACGGGGUUCGUGGUAAGAGGAGACGAAACGACGACGACGAUGAUGACUCUCAAAGAACCCAGUCCCAGAAUGGUGGCUGCUAUGAGCCUUCGAGCCCGGUCGUCUUCACUUCUCCCAUCAAAGCAAGCAGCCCAGAAGAUACGAAGUCGCCUUCGAAGCUCUUUGAGGAAGAGAAUAUUGUUACUCCACGGGAUCAUCGCCUUGGAAAGAUAGAGAAUGCGGGUUGGCAACAUCAUACUAUACUGGACGGCAAUACCUCGUUUGAUGGCUUUGAUAGUCAACCUCUUUCAUCCUCGGCCUUUGACAGUCAACCUGACCAGCCAUUGGAUUCUAGCAUGGGCGUCCAUGUACACAAUGGUCUCAGAGAUCAGGAACCCCAGGCCACCCAUGAGGUUUUGACGUUGUGUGGACACAGGUCAUCGCACCUUCGCAUCGAGAACUCGCAGAGAAAGCAAGCAAGAAUUGAUGCGUAUUUUGCUGCGAGACAUGCGAUUCUCCAUAACGACGUUAGCGAAUGGGACUCUGUCCCUCUAAGAAGUGUUGGCCACCCGGGCCACGACGAGGAGGAGCUUGAGCUGUAG